AUGCACCCAUCAAUCACCAGAUUCGCUGCACAAAGAGCAAUCAAGGUAACACCACAAUACAAGUACUAUAUUAAAAGAAUACCAGAUAUUGGUAUGUGGUUUGGAGGAAUUGCUUGUUUUUUUGGUUGGCCUCAUGUGUGGGUUUGGGUUAGUAAUAAGAUUGAAGAUGCUCCCGGUAAUAGAGGAAUGUUUUAUUAG